AUGGCUCGGACGUUGAGAUCUCGUUGUAGGGUGCUUGCCGCUGUCCUCCUGGCUGCCGUCAUUGUCGCGGAUGCCAGUGCAAGCGACCAUAGAUAUGGCCAAGGGGACAGCGUGCCUUUCUACGUGAACAAAGUCGGUCCCUUCAGCAACCCGAGGCAGGUUACGGGGAUGGGAUUGCCAGGCAGUUUUCUCACCUCCCAGCAUUUGGCGAGGAUGGGGGGGAAGACGUCAGUGUUUGGCAGUUUCAGGAGUGCGUGUGAGUUGUGUGCGCGCUCGAUGCGGUUGGCUCCUCGCUUCUCGGAAACGUGUAGGGUUACCGUUACCGCUUGA